AUGUCGGGUCUUGUUUCUGAUGAGAUCGCAGAGGACUACAAAAGUUCUCUAGAGGAUCUAACAUCAAAUGAUGGAAUACAGAUUCGUACCCUGACUGUCAUCGCCAAAGAGAACACAGAACACGCAAUGGCUAUCUCCCGGGUCUUGGAGAACCACAUUCGAUCAACACCACCCCAGCAGAAGCUCCCAGCCCUUUAUGUAGCUGAUUCCAUCGCCAAGAACGUUGGAAGUCCCUACACGUUGUUCCUGGGUCGGAACAUGUAUCAGACAUUCAUGAAUGUUUAUACUCUGGUGGAUGGCAACACUCGAAGGAAGCUGGAUGAGAUGCUCAACACAUGGAAGCAGCCAGCCCCAGGUUCUCUUGACACACGUCCAGUUUUUCCACCCGAGAUUACACGGAACAUCGAAAGCGCUCUCAUCAAAGCCCGCACUGCCGCUUUACAACACCAACAAACAAGAGUGCAGACGGAUAUGACCAGUCGUGGUCGGUCCAAUGGAACUCCCAACGGAUGGACCAACAGCCCUGGGGUUCACAGCCCUGCACCUCACAUGUCCCGCCCACCAAAUCAGUACCAAGGUCAUUCGACCUCGACACCUCCUCCGAAUCAGCGUCAAGACAUCGACUUGAACUCCCUCAACCGAGACGUGGAUACCCUGAUUGCUGCUGCGAAGGUCGACUUUGCCAACAGUCCCUUCAACCCUGCCUCUCAACAACGUUUGAAAGCGCUGGUGGAUCUCCAGGCUAUCUUACAGAAGCAGCAGCUUACCCAAGAACAGCUGAAAAUCGUCCGUGAUCAGGUCUCAGCACUCGCUGCCACAAGGCCCCCUUCUGCUCCCCCAAAUGCGGUCGCAAAUGUCCCGGCAGUGCCCCCUCAAGUCUCCACCCCUCCUGUCCAACCCUUCUCACAGCCAUUCCAGCAACUGCUGAACCCUGGUACUCUUGCCGAGUUGAUCAAAGCUACCGCUUCGCGCCAGCAACCGACCCCGCCACCCGCAAUGCCAGCUGCAUUGCCUCAUACGCCCCAACAAAAUGAAAUCCCACAAUCAGGAGCGGAAAACCCUCUCAUUGCGGCUUUGAGGGCCCGUGGACUUCUGCCUUCCGGGCCAACACCCCCAUCUCUUACUUCUUCGGCUUCUUCGACUCCACUUCCUGGGAGAUCUACUUUACCGUUCAUGAUGCCCAAUGGAGUACAACCCACCCCCCAAGCUCUGGCCCAGGUACCGGCUGCCAACAGUACAUCUGGAGUUCCCAUGAAUACUGCAUCUAUGAAGAUCCCUCGAUUCGGACUAAUUGUCUCUUUGUAUGACUCGCGCCCUAAUAAGUGUGGAACUUGUGGUCGUAGAUUUUUCGCUACGGAAGAAGGCAAGAAAAUGAAAGCCCGCCAUCUGGACUGGCAUUUCAAGACCAACCAACGUAUGACCGAAUCUUCCCGGCGUGCUCAAAACCGUAGCUGGUAUGUCGACGAAAGGGAUUGGAUUAAAUCUCGCGAAGCUGGCGACGAAAAUGGUGCCACAGAUCCCCAAACUACCACUGAAGGAGCUACAGGCGAGGGAAACACCAAGCAGGAACCCUCGAAGCCAUGGAUCCGAGCCCCGAACGAUGCCACCCUCCGCAACACCCCAUGUCCUAUCUGCCAAGAGAAGUUUGAGUCGACCUGGUCCGAGGAUGUUCAAGACUGGAUUUGGCAAGACGCGAUCAAGGUCGGACCUCGUGUGUACCAUGAUAGUUGCUAUUCUGAAGUCACCAAAGGCCCUGCCCCAGCUCGUCAGACGCGGACUAGUACGCCUGACUCGGUACUGGGCAAGCGUAAAGCUGAGGGAACGGAAUCUCCAAGCCAGAAGACCCGUGUCAAGACCGAGCCGGUUUGA